GUUGGAAAAUGCGAAACUAUUCUAAUAAAAAAUGUCGCCAUGCUGUAGCUCCAUUUGCAUCAGUUUGCGUGGGCAUGCGUCCAUGUACGUCGGAGUGACAAGCAGCGUCGUUCACAAUGUAAUCAUUAUUUUAUACAUAAGGAAACGAUUGCAAACUUGGAAGUUUGAACCUGUCUAAUAAUCAUGGAGGAAGUCCCAAUCAAACACUCUUUAGAGACAACAGAAUUUCCUCCUUUAAAAGUUGAAGUUGUGCAGAAUCCACACCCAGCCCAUGUCCACAGUCAUGAUUUAGCACUAGAUAAUGCAGACGUCACCAGUGUGGACUAUGACAGCUUUGAUGAACAGGAGUAUGAACGACCAACAGAACGCUGGGCUCCCCUCGGAGCAGCAGUAAGCCCUACACCUUCUCAUUCUGAACCCAAUCCUUAUAGUGAUCAUGAACGUCUCCGGCACCUAGAAGAAGAACAGGAGCAGUUGAACUCAUCUCUUCUGGCUCUCACAACCCACUUUGCACAGGUCCAGUUCCGACUGAAACAGAUUGUUAGUGCUGAGACAUCAGAUCGUGAGGCCCUGUUAAAAGAACUGGAGGAGUUUGCCUUCAAAGGGAUUCCAGAUAUAAGGGGAUGUCCAAAACAAGAAGUUCUCCAAGAAAUGAGUGACAAAGAACAUGAAGAAAAGUUGACAGAGCAGCGAGAAAAGCAGCGACAUCUGAUUGCACAGCUGAAGUCACAGCUUGAAGACCUUGAGACUUAUGCCUAUGAGACAGGAAGUGCAGAACUGCCCACAAGCCAAGUGAUGGAGAAGCAGCGAGUUGUUCUGGAGGAGCUACGACAUAAGCUUGACCUUGACCUGGAGAAUUUUGACAAGCUGAGCAUUGAUGAGUUGCGUGAAAUAGUAGACCGCGCUGUCGGAUCUAUUGUGAACCCAGCCAAAGUGAAAGAGAAACUAGUGGACCAGCUAAAAACUCAGAUUACAGACCUUGAACGAUUCAUUGAGUUUUUGCAAGGGGAGGCAAGCAGUCCAGGUCCUCUAGGUAAACAGCGAUGUACUUGCCCAGUUCACCUGAAGGCAACACAUGAUGACUCAGAUGGUGGAGACUGUUGUGGGUCAACAAAGGCACGCUCUUUUCAAAGAAAUUCAGGCAGAGAGCCUUCCAAGAAACCUGGCAGUACGGGCAAGGAGACAGCAUCAGCAAAGCUGAUACACAAAACACUGACUGUUCUGCAAAUAUACAUCAUGAGUCAGCUGGGCUGUGGCAGCCGUGAAUUCAAGCGUAAUCUGCUGAAAAAAACAGCCAAAGGAAAUCAUUGGGGAGAUCUGCGAGCUAAGCUUGAGCUUGCCAUCACACAUACCCUGGAGAUAGCCCAGAAGCAGCAGCAGGAACGACAGCAGUGGCAGCAACAGCACAGCGAUGAUAGUGAUGACUACACCAGUGACACAGAUGAGUCUGAACAGCAGAGCAGCCCAGCACUGACCCAGUGUAUACGGAAGGAGCUUGCCAUUGGUAUACGGGACCUCAUGCAGCAUGGUCUGAUGGAGGUUAACCAGAACACAAGUCUUGUGCCAUUUGGGUGCCUUCCCUCACGAUCUGCACAUGCUGUGCGCAUGAUGCAUGCAUGGGAUCUGCUGGUCAAGUUUUAUGAAAUGAAGCAUGGGCGAGAGUACAACGAGUCACCAGCACGCAUGCUGUCACAAUCAUUCCAUUUAGACAUGGUUGGGGGCAAGCCUAUCACUGCCAAACAGACAUUGCUGGGCGCCAUCGACACUGUGAUGAAGUCACAUGGCCCCCACAAGCGGACUCCAGACUCGCACUUUAAGGCAUUUAUUUGCCUAGCCCUCAAUGAGCGAAAGCUGGUGACCUGGCUACGACUCUUGCUCAGAACACAAACGCUGAUUGAUCUUUACUUCCUAGACUGGAGCUAUGUAGCUCGCACAGGGUUUGAGGAUGCUCUGCAGUCCUUAGAAAAACUUCUGGUUAUUGACUUCCGCUUACCUGUGGACCUGGCUGUGCGACCAUUCAGCAACAUCCGCGAUGCUUUUUGAUCUACAAACUAGCAAGGCUAUGUGCUUGGUGUGGUCUUGUAGCAUAUCUCCAUGUCAAAGAGUGAGGUCUGUGCAUUUGAUAGUCUCUUGAGUGCUGCUCACGUCCCUCUGGCCAUAAAUAAAUUUGCUGAUGCAGAAAACAACAUAUUUGAUGAUUCAGUGGAGGGAAAAUGAUGCAGCAGACCUGGAAUUGAAUGAAUCUUAACAGACUCAUUAUUUUCUACUAAAUGUUAGAAGUCUAAUGGCAGAGGAUUGAGCAAGUAUUUCAGAGCUGAAGUUUUUGUGUUGAAACUUCCUAGUGAGACCUAAUGUCUGUGUCAAUAUAAAUAAUAUUAAGGUAAAACAAUGUUUAAAAAAAAUUCCUCAUGGUCAUACAGUUUUGGAAUUUGUUACCAUAUUUUAGGCAGCUGUGCUAUAUAUUGUAGAACAUAUUUCUGUGAGAACAAUAUGAAGGCGUUUACCUAAAUUAAGCUAAAUUUAUAUCUGCAGACUAUCGAGAAACAUUUAUAUAUGAACUGGUAUUUUCAGCUAGUUUUAAACUUGUCUUAAAUAGAGGUUGUUCCAGAUGUUCCUUUUUAAAAAGAAAUUCAUUGUUCGUGAAACUAUGAGAGAAAUUUAUUGUUACGGUAACUGAGAGAAAGGGUAUUUAACCUAGACUAGUGUUGUGCAGGUCAGGAACGGAGUUUUAAAUUUGCAUAUCAAAUACACUGUCUAAUGACAGUGACAUAUGUUAGGAACUUUCCUAAAAGGAUUUCACAGAUGAAAAUGAAAUGACGACCCUUAUAAACCUUUAUUAUGACUGGGUGUGCAUACACACAUAAGUGUAUGUGUGUUGGAGCUGGGGAUGAGUGUUUAGGGACAAAAGACUUGCUCAUGUGGUCUAUAACUAAGCAUGCUCAAAAUCAUUUAUGUUGACCAGUGCCAUUAAGUUAACUAAAGACUAAGGCAUCUUGUUCAUGUUACUUUAUGAGUAUUUUAUGAUAAAUAGUUGCUGGCAGGCACACCAAAACUGAAUGCCAUUUAUGCCAGGAUUGACUCUGGUGUGAACUAUGUAUACAGGUACCUUCUUGUUGGAACUGAAAAUCUUGUUGUCACUGAUGAGGGACUAGUGGAGAUGCACUUGUUGUUAAAUGUGUGUUCUUGUUGCCUUUUUUUCUCUCCUUCCUUACCCCCAUAGGAAUAUGUUAUUUCAAAUUCAAAUAUAAAAUUUAUGACAGACUUUAUCACUCAUUUAAGAAAUCCUAUAGAGCAUGAGAUUUGCGAUAUUGUACUGAAAGUGUUUCUAAAGAUUUGGAAAUGAUGAUGAGGUUGCCUUUAUGCAACAUACAUUUUAUUGUACAGUGGUGUUCACUGGUGUUGUGGGUCUGUUAUUAUUAAGCCCUUGCCAGAUUCAUGCACAUGUUAUGCAUUCCAAAGCGGUCUUUGUCUGAUCAGGAGUGGUUUGGCUUGUUGUUCUGUGACAGUCCAUUGACUGUACAUGUAUCUGAAGAUGUUAGCUAGUUAGAAAUGAUCUAGGCUUAUGUAACUACUCACAGUAAACUGACUAACAUACAUAUUUUGUUCUUUUAACUUGCUGGCAACUUAAAGCCUAAUUUCAUGUUUGAGUUGGGAUAGCCUUCAAAAAGAAAAGUGGAUACUGAUUUACUUCUUAUGUUUUAAUGCAUACUGCAUUUCAUUUUGCCAUGAGAAGGCUAUGCUAGGGGUCAUUUUUGUUUUUUAGUUAUAUUUCAUGCCUUAGGUUUUUUAAAUAUGAAAGUUACGAACUUGUGACAGUUCACAAUACUUUGCAUAAUUUUUGUUUUAGAUUGGCAGUUGGUCUUGGGUUUUCAAACAUUGUCUCCAGGGCAUGUAACUUUGGACUGACAGACUAUAGGUCCAGAUAUUUUGGAGGACGCAGGGUUGGGGCUUCAACUUAAGAUUUCUGUUUUUCUCUUUUUCUCACACAGAAUUCAAAUACUCUUUUUCCAUAAGUAGGCUAAAUAGAGGUUUUAAUAUACCUUAGGUUUUCCAAAUUGCCAUUAGGGGAUAGAAGUGGAUUCAGGAGUCUUACCAUUCCAUAGUCAUCUUCUGUAUCUGUGAGCAAGAGAAACAUUGUUGUAAUUCUGGAAAAUUAUAAAAGAAACUUUUUUUUUUCAAGUAUGAAAUAGCAAUGAACUGGACAUGUAUGUAUAUUGAAAACUUUAUUUAUAGAUGGCAUGAUGGUAGUCUGCGUUCAAGGUUUUUUGACAUAGUGCAUUUGUGCAAGGAUAUCUGUGUUUAGUGCAUGUUUUGAAAGAUCAUGAAUUGAUAUGCAGUAUAUUGUGCAGUGGAAAUAUUUAGUAAAUCCUUUUUUCUGUAUGUAUUUUUGUGUGUGUGCACAUGCAUGCACAUAUGGAGUCUGUGUACAUGUUGCAUCUAGCUACAUGGGAUUGGCAGUUUUGGGGUUCAGCCUGAAUGUUUUCUUUGAAGUUUUCAUUUAGAUUUCUUUCUGUGUAGUUAUGUUGGUUUAUGAUGCUGAAAUAUCAGAAGUCUCCAAAAAAAUUAUCAACCCCGAAGACUUGUACUGUUGCUUGUGGUUGCCAUAAUAAGUAUAAGAUGUAUUAAAGAGAUUUUUUUUCAUGAUUUUAUCUUUUGUUUUCUAAGAUACCAGAUUUUUGUUAGCACAAUAUUUUAUUUGUGCAUUAUACCUUAUCAUAAUGUUUGCUUUUGAAAUACAUGGCAAAAUCACCAAUUAAUGUCAUAAAAUCAUUAAAAUGUUCCAGUUUGUGCAAUAUUUCCAUGUGAUAUGCCAAGUGCAAGGUGAGAUAGGACCAAUAUACAUACUCCACUAUGUGCUGUGCUGAUGUAUAAAUCCCACUAGACCAUGACACUUCUAAGAUCUGACUCAAUACAGUAUUUGUAAAAGCUUUUAAGAAUUUAUUUUUGUCUUGUUGUUUCAGGUAAUACAAGUAUGCUGCUUUCUUUUGCGAGGUUUCUGGGUAGCUUCAUACUUUGUUCAUUUCUGUCAUGAUUUCUUGUAACCAUGUAUAGUAUUUUGACUAAAUUUUGUUCAUGCCUGACAAAAACUGUGCAUGUGGAUCAUGAAUUUAUUUUAAAAUUCUUUCUUUAUCUCAGUUCUCAAAAAAUUUCAAGCAUUCCUUGCCAUCUUUACACUCUACACUCGCCUUAUCAGCUGGUGUUUAGUAGGAAGACAUAUAUCAAAUACGUAUUGUUUCUGAGGUCUUUUUAUGUUCAUUUUGACAGUGUCCUUGAUGCUCUUUUGUUGUUCAUGAAUCAGAAUAAAAUGCAUUUAUUAAGCAUAAA